AUGGAGCUCUCGAGGUUCGUGCAUUGGUUUCUCUGGUGGAGCUGGCUUCUGUGGGCGCCGCGAUUCGUAAUAUCGCAGCCAGGGCGCGAUUGCUUGAUGCUGUGCUCGCAGAACAUCACCUGCGCGUUAGAAUGCGCGGCGUGUGACUUCGAUUGCUGCAGCUCCACUUGCGAUUCAGCUCGCCCCGGCGCUGUUUGUGAUCCAUUUUGCUAUGUCUCCAGUCUCGAUGUGAGCGAUUGCUGCGUUAGCGCUCCAUCGCCGCCUCCAACUCCGGCCCCCAUUAUACCAGGGCCUGGAAACUGCAGCGUUAUCGACAUUCUUGCUGUAAACAUCACGAUGGUCGAGGGAGUGCCGUUCACUUUCAAUAUUGUUGCCAUCGAUUCGAGCUGCAGUGGAUCGACUUGCUCGUGCACUACACCUUAUGACGGAUCGCCCAGCCUUUUUCAAGUACGUAUCUUCGAUUCCGGAACUGGAUUUACUCCACCCAAUACUGCCUGCAACGUGAGCGAGGGGUCCAGUUCUGGAGUAUUUUCCGUGUCAUGCCUUGCUCAAAAUUCCAUUGCAGAUGCCAAUGCUCAAUACAUCCUUUUUGUGACUCUCUUUUCCUAUGGGUUUUGGGUGGUUCCUAUCGGAUUUUCGAGCCCGGCCAUCACUAUCAUUUCCGGUCCUGUGUAUGUUCCUGCAUGUGUUGCUACAUGGUCCAACAAUAGCAGCACCUUCGUUGCUGGCACAAUGGCUACGCUGCAGAUAACUCAAAAAGACGCAUUCAAUAACACUGUUGGUGGAAAGACUGGACGAAGUGUACUAUACAGCUUUCAGCUCGCCGUAAUUGCCAACCCUGCCGUGAACACCUCGACGAGCUUUCCCAGUUUCAAUGUCUCUGGUAACGCGACUGAAGGUUCUCAAACUGUUUCUUUCUAUCCUACUACAGCCGGUAGAUUCUACUUGCAAGUUGGAAAUGGCACUCACGUUAUCCAAAAGGCACCGUUCCGCUUUUACGUGGUUCCAGGUCCUCUUUCUAUUAAUGACAGUUCAGCUGUUUGGCCAAACGGAGUUAAUUCCUUUGAGGCAGGGACUAAUUCUUCUCUAGCAAUAUUACAACUCGAUGGAUUCAGCAAUUCUAUUCCAAAUAUGGAGCUACUUCUAAGCUUUUACUACUCGGAUGGCAGUACACUGGCGCCUCUGAAUGUAACAGUUGCUCCCCUCGAAAUCGACACGGAUUAUAUUGCUGCAACUUUUAUGCCAAUCCAAGCAGGCCAAUAUUAUCUGCACGUUGGAAAUGGAUCACAAGAAUUACAACUUUCACCCUUCACAUUUUCGGUAUUUUCAGGUUCAAUUGCAGUGGAAAACUGCAAGGGUUCCUGGACGGGAUUCAAGUCUACCUUCUAUGCUGGAGAACGAGCUGAAUUUAAUGUGUUGGAGAUGGAUGGUUACGGCAAUAAUGUCAGCUUAUCCACUGGCAGCUUAAGCUCGUACGACUUUUCUGUCAACGUGAGCACUGCGAGCGACUAUCAACUGUUUGCGAUGCCGAGCCUGGCUUUACUUCCUCCGGAGCUUGGAUCAGCUUACAGGAUCGUAACAUUUUAUCCUCAAGUUUCGGGAACAUAUUUGCUGAACGUUGGCAGCGACAUCGUCAAUAUUUCGAAUUCUCCCUUCUUAUUCCGAGUUUUUCCAGGUCCUAUCAGCAUACCGACCUGCAUGGGGUUUUGGCCAAAUGGCAGCCAAUUUCAAGCGGGAGUGAAUGGCAGUUUGCAAAUCUUUAAGCGAGACAAGUACAACAAUAGCGUUUAUGACCCUUAUGUUUUUAUUGGUACGAUAGUGAGCCUCUCGAGCGACAUACCAGUAGGAAGCUUGCCGGAUCUGGGAGUGCAAGUGCAAAACAUCAACGGCACGGAUUACAACCUGAUGACUUUCAUGUCAACUCUUUCUGGAGAUUUUGCCUGUGAAGUUGGAAGUAGCACUGACACCAUCACAAACUCGCCUCUUGGUUUUUUCGUGAAUGCGAGUUCGGUGUCCACUUCCGCAUGUCUACCAUCGUGGCCGAAGGGCUUGAAUAGAUUUCCUGCGGGAACUGAAGCCACGCUUCACGUCCUACUCAAGGAUGUCUACAACAACACCGUGAGCUCAAUUACUGGCGGAUAUGAUUACAAUUUUCAGCUGUCAGCCGACAUUUCUGGAAGUGCUAAUAGUUCUCUAGGAUACAACGUGAGCUUUGCCGAUAAUCCUUCUGCAGGCAUUAAAACAGUCAAAUUCUAUCCGACCUUGGCCGGCAGCUACUGGCUGGGUUUGUGGAGUCCCAGUGCAAAUCUAACAGGGUCACCUUUCCAGUUUACUGUUACAGCAGGCUCUGUAUCUGUUUGGAAUUGCACAGCCUCCUGGCUUGGUGGCGUAAAUGUUUUCGACGCGGGAACUCAAGCAGUUAUCCAAAUCCUUCUCAUGGAUGCGUACGGGAAUAAUGUCAGCUUGGCAACAGGAAGAAACGACUCCUACAACUUUGUUGUCGAAGUACAAGGCUAUCCUGAUGCUAUAAACAACUGGAAUGUUACGGUUGUUCCUCAGAACUUCUCCGGGUACCAGUCCGUAGUUUUCUUUCCGGUGGAUGCCGGACAGUUCAACUUAAGGAUUGGAAGCAAGUCGAAGAACAUAUCCGGGUCGCCGUUUCCAUUGACUGUAAACCCAGGAUUCUUGUCCGUGCCGGAUUGCUCUGGCGAGUGGCUCAAUGGUAUAGAGUUCUACCUACAGAACACAACUGUGACAUUCUUGCUCUAUCCAAAAGAUGUGUUUGGGAACGCUUUACCCAGCAAUGGCCUCACCGCAGCAAACUUUACGGCGCUCGUUUAUUUCCAAUCAAACCUGAGUAUGCUGGGAGUUCCAAGCUUGGCCGUGACACAGAUGACGAACUACUCGCUGGCAUUCAGAUUUAACAUGACCAAAGUUGGAAGAUUUAUCUUACAGAUUGGAAAUGCAUCAGAAGACAUUUCUGGAUCGCCAUACUUGUUCACAGUGACCACAGACAACGUGGAUCCUUCGAGAACCAUAAUAGAUGGUACUGGGCUAAAGAACUCAACCGCUGGUGUCAAGUCGGAGUUUCUUGUCCAACUUCGCGACAGUGCAGGAAAUACAGCAUACGCAAACGCUAGUGACAUGAGCGUCCGGUUUACGAGGUUCGGCCUUCCUAUCAACGUAACAACUAACAUUUCUAUCGUUCCCAAAUCGAGUGGUGCAUUCCUAAUCGCGUAUGUGCCCACACUUGCUGGGGACUACAAGAUUGUGACGCAGUGGAAAGGGCUCGUUCUAGGGGGAGGUCCUGCAAUAAAAAAGAGCGUUCUUCCAGCAAGUAUAUAUGGACCGUGGUGCAGAGCUACGUAUUCUGGGGUGUCACAGGGAGAAGCGGGCUUGACUACGAGCUUCCUUGUCACAACUUUCGACGCAUUCAACAACACAAUGCCGACGGGGCCAGUGAAUAUCUCUAUAAAGUUUUCUCCGGCUGUCACCCAGGCCACAACCAUCACCAACAAUCGAAAUGGAACGUAUACUGUCAAGUGCAACGUCACAAAAUCUGGGACCUACGGUGUGUUUGUUUACGCCGGAUCGUUAACGCCGAGCAAUCUCACCACUGGCAGCCCGUUCCAGAUCACUGUUUCAUCAGGUCCAAUCGCGAUAUCUCAAUGUCGCGGGGUGUUUAUGGACGGAAAUGUGAUAAGUGAAGGCAGUGCGGUGAGAUUCCUUCUCUUACUGCGAGACAAGUUCAAGAACAAAGUCUACCAGGUUCUAAAUGAAACAGUCACUGCCAUGUUUACGGCGUCCGUCUACACGACUGGUGGCGAGGGGCCGGUUUUCACGUCGGACAUGACCGUCCAGCAGUUUGCUACAUUUACUUACGCAAGCGACCAGGUGUUGAUCGCUUUUACAAUGACCGAGCGCGGGGAUUUCAAGCUCCAAGUUGUCAGUGGCCUUACGAAGAUAAACUCCGGAGUCCCGUAUUAUUUUUCUAUCGUGCAAGAAGCUCCGAGCGUGCUCAACAGCACCUUCAACGGAACUGGCAUCAUAGACUCCACUGCCGGGGACCUUACUACGAUUUCCAUCACGCUCAGGGACCACUUUGGCUAUCCAGUCGUGACGGACACAAGCCUCAUCGUCGUAAACGCUUCGUCAAUGGACGACACCUUCUUUCUACUCGCGAAGGUUUUCGAGCUUCAAGCAGAAGAUGGAAGGUACGUGUCGAACUACACCGCCACCGUCGCUGGCGAUUACACGGUUUCCAUUUCAUGGUCGGAUGUUCGUCUAGUUUCUUACAACAAGACCGUCUCUCCAGGUACUUCCUCGCAUUCUUUCUAAAACUUACAUGAGUUUUUCUCGUA